UCAAAUUGAGCGAAAGACUCGCGCCUUUUGAUCUAAUCACCGCAAACUUCUUUUUAAGAUGAUUCUCAUUUUGAAAUCAUAAAUACGUUGAGAAAAUGGACUAAACAUAUCUGAACGCCACUGCCGCUGAUUCAUAUCUGGAGAUGGUAAAGGCCUUAUCUUUCAAGUAGUCGUUAAUGCAGAUAAAAAUGGUCUUAAUGUGUGGAACUUAAACUUGCUAUAUAUCGACCAAGGAAAGCUUCUUAUCGGACCCAUGGCUUUAAUACUGACAAGAGAUUCACACGAUGUUAUUAGGCUUUACUUGCGAUGAGGCAAACAGUAUUCAAUACCACAAAAGCUGGAAAAACCAUUACAAUCAAGUUAAACAGUUCGAUAAGAAGGAACUAUUUCUUCGCCAUUUUCGAAAUACCAAAAUGGUUGAAGUGACUUUGCACUUUAUCAUUCUAGCCUGUAUGUCGAUCCUCAUUGUGGUUGCCAACAUCAUCGUUUGCGUAUCUGUUAUAAAAAACGUUCGACUCCGCACUUACACAAACGGGUUUCUCGUGUCUCUAGCCGUCUCAGACAUUUUCACUGGUGGACUCUUCUUUCCUGUUCACCUCGGUGGGCCACAUUCGCCUGUAGCCUUCACAGAGGACUACUUGAUUGCUUUCGUUCUGUUAGCUGGUGUUGGAAAUAUUUGUCUGGUCACAUGGGAUCGCUACGUUGCUGUUGCUAAACCGUUCCAGUACAAGGAAACAGUGAGGAAAUACUUCACAAAGAUGAUCAUCGUUAUUUGGGCAACUUCAUUACUCGUUUCCCUCUUACCCUUGGCUUGGAAGACAAAUAAUAACAUCAUCAUUCACAAAGUGUAUCUUUUUUGCUUAAUGGGAUUUUUUGUCGUCAUCCCGUAUACAGCAAUAUUUCUCGCUUAUUUCAAAAUUGGCCAGCGUCUGAGGAAACACCAACAGAAAAUUCGCAAACACCCAAAAGCAAAUGGUUCUCCCUCGUACAAAAGAAUGAAAGCAGAAGCUAAAGUCGCCAAGAUUUUUCUCGCUAUUGUAAUAAUAUUUGUGUUGUCGUGGUUGCCGAUCAUUUAUAUGACAACAGUUGUCAGUUUGAACAGGGAAAAUUUAUCACCACUCGCUCUUCAAAAGGCGUCCCUCUACACCGUGGCACUUUCUUCCUUGGCAAACCCUUUACUUUACGCAUUUGUAAAAGAGGACUUUCGGCGGCAGUUUAAAAGACGGUCAGCGCGCCAAGGGAGAGGUUCUGUAUCUACGGCUGUUAGUAAAAUGAGGGAGGCAGCUUGUACGGAGGCAGCGUGUAAGACAGAAAAAAGGCCCGCAAAAAAACAGUCGUUUCCAUCGACGUUUUCUCCUCACAGGGAUAAAUGGGUUUGAGAAAGGGAGUAAAAAACUCACA